AUGUUGGACGACGAAGCCAAGGGCGAUGCGAUUGAGGCUAGCCGUCAACCACGUAUCAUCUUUGACGAUGACGUGGAUGUGAAGCCCUCGCACAAUGCUCGACCGCCGAGGGCAAGAAGAGCCUCAGACGCGACUUCAAUCAGCAGCGUGCGCAGUCGAGCGCAAGCCACCUCGGGACUGCCGGUGGCUUUUAGGACACUGUCUUUCGAAGUGGCCAGACUCCAGGACUCUGACAGAAAGCUCGACGCCGCCACCAAUCCAGAAUACUUCGAGGACGUCAAUCAUCACAUAUUGGCGCCCUCGCGGGUCUGUGAGACAUUUGGUGUCCAGCCCGACCAAGGCCUCAGCGAGGAUGACGCCAAAGCUCGUGUCCAGCGCUAUGGACGGAAUGUCCUGCCCAAGAAAAAGAAGAGAUACUGGAAGAAGCUGCUGUUCUACGUGUUCGGCAAUUUCUGCUCCAUUUUAUGGGUCGGGGUGGUCAUCUUUUUCAUCUGCUGGAGGCCACUAGGAAAUCCUCCCCAGCCAUAUAACCUCGGCCUGGCCAUCCUGGUCAUGAUUGUUAUAUUCCUCCAGGCAGCCUUUUCGGCGUUUCAGGAUUGGUCAACGAAGAAGACAAUGGACUCUAUCUUGGAUCUAUUGCCCUCCCAAUGCGCUGUCGUCAGAGGAGGACAGACGGCCAUCAUUCGAUCCGCCGACCUGGUUCCAGGCGAUAUCGUCAAUCUCAGUAUUGGCAAUAAGGUGCCCGCAGAUCUUCGGCUGCUCAGCACCUCUGGCGAUGUGCGAUUCGACCGGGCUGUCCUUACCGGAGAGGCCGACGAGAUUGAUGGCGCUGUCAAUCCCACCGACGAUAACUUUCUUGAGACGAGGAAUAUUGCGCUCAUGGGAACAGUCGUCACAAAUGGAAAAGCACAGGGAAUAGUGGUUGGCACCGGUCCACAUACUGUGAUGGGGUCUGUCGCUCAGGCUACGACCGAUGUCAAGGAGAAGCCAACGCUGAUUCAGCGUGAAAUCACUCGUUUCAUCAAGAUUAUUCUCUGCUUGACAUUCUGUCUUGCGCUUCUGAUCUUGCUCGCCUGGGUGGGCUGGCUCAGGGUCGACAAGCCGAAUUACAUGAACCUGGUCGCCUGCUUGAACAACGUCAUGGGCUGCGUGGUAGCAUUUAUCCCUGAAGGGAUGCCAGUUGGAGUUGCGUUGACCUUGAUGAUGGUUGCUCGGCGGAUGAAGUCAGCGUACAUUCUUCCAAAAGGACUUUCCACCGUUGAAUCACUGGGCUGCGUCAAUGUCAUUUGCUCCGACAAGACGGGGACACUGACGCGCAAUCAGAUGUCGGUCGCUUCUGUAUCUUUUCACGAUCGAUCGCUUGCAGCUGACGAGGCUCUGGCUGUGGAGUCCAAUGGCCUCACUGCGCUAGUCGAAGCCGGUCAAUUGUGCAACGAAGCAGCAUUCGAUCCUGUGACACUCCAUCUGCCAGUUGCAGAACGUCAUGUGCAGGGUAACGCCACCGAUGGGGCUAUACUGAGGUUUGUGAGCUCGCACUCGGCGUCGGCGGUCACUCAGCGCAAGGUCUUGUUCCAGAUACCUUUCAACUCCACGAAUAAGUGGAUGAUGACAAUGAGUGCCGCGAAGCCAGGAGAGAAUGGGAACCUUGUCAUUGUUAAGGGCGCACCGGAUAUACUGCUGCACAAAUGCAGCAGUUUUCUCACAGGCGAUGGCGAAAGGAUGCAACUCGAUAUUGCUGCUCAGCGCCAUUUUGGCUUUCUGCAGGAACAAAUGUCAGGACGCGCCGAACGGGUCCUCAUGCUGUGUGAACGGCGCUAUACUCCAGUCGCCGCUGUUGGUAGCAACGCGCUCGGAGAUGAGCUUGUGGCCAAUUGUCUAUCGGACUUGACAUUGAUUGGAAUUAUUGGAUUGGUCGAUCCCCCCCGGGAAGAUUGUGCUACGACGAUCGCCACGUGCCGCAGAGCUGGAAUACGAUUCUUCAUGGUUACUGGUGACUUUGGCCGCACAGCCGUGGCAAUCGCCAGGCGAGUAGGCAUUUUCAGCGACCAGCGGGAGCCUGACACUUAUGCAACGAUCUCUGCACAAACAUCGUCAGCCGUUGCAGGAGAAAAGACAGCAAGACUUACCGAGUAUAGCAAACAAUCGCUCCUGCUCGAAAGCACGGAAAUCAACAGGAUUACGCCCGAGGAAUGGGAAGUGGUGAACAGCUAUGAAGAGAUCGUCUUUGCAAGGACCACGCCGAAUCAAAAACUCCUCAUCGUCAAUGCGCUGCGCGAGAGACAGAAUACCGUCGCGGUGACCGGUGACGGAGUCAACGAUGCUCCAGCUUUACGGGCCGCAGACGUCGGAGUCGCCAUCGCGUCCGGCAGCGAUGUCGCACUUGAGGCCGCCGACUUGGUUCUUCUCGAUGACUUUUCCGCCAUCGUCACCGCCAUCAGACUUGGACGUCUCGUUUUCCAGAACCUACAAAAAGUCAUCUCCUACCUUCUCCCGGCAGGAUCAUGGUCGGAAAUCUGGCCGGUACUACUCAACGUCUUCGUGGGCGUUCCCCUGCCACUUUCUUCAUUCUUGAUGAUCAUCAUCUGUGUCUUCACCGAUCUCUUCCUCUCGCUGAGCCUGAUCAUGGAGAAAGAAGAAUUUGACCUCCUGUCCAUUCCACCGCGCAAGCCACGACGUGACCAUCUCAUCAACCUCAAAAUCUACGCGCAAUCAUACCUGUUUAUCGGCGUCAUGGAGACCGUCAUCGCCCACGCCAUGUUUUUCCUCUACAUGUACCGCCAUGCCGGAAUUCCCGCUUCCGCCCUCUUCCUGGCCUUUGAGAAAUACGCCGACGGCUUUUAUGGCUACACCGCCGACGAGCUGACCUACUUCAACACCGUCGGACAGUGUGUCUACUUUGUCACCUUGGUGAUCUUGCAAUGGGGCAACAUCUUGUCGAUCCGCAACAAGAGACUUUCCAUCCUCCAGGCCGACCCGUUCUUUCGUAAAGAACGCCGCAAUCUGUGGCUGUUGGGCGGCAUCGCGGCAUCGCUGGUCAUUGCCAUCUUUGUGACCGAGGAGCCGGGCAUUCAAUCGAUUUUCGGCACGGCGAGCGUCCCCAUAGAGUUUUGGUUGCUGCCCUUGCCGUUGGCGCUGGGAAUUCUGAUUAUGGAUGAGUUCAGGAAGCUGCUCGUCAGGCAGUGGCCAAAUGGGCCGGUGGCGCGCAUUGCGUGGUGA